UUCUUCUUCCUGCCAACAAUAUUUAACUUCUACCAAUCUUUCUCUCUAAGAAAAACACUCAAUUUCUCUCUUUUUAUCACAAGUUCUUCUCUCUAGAAUUCAUGUCGGAGGAGAAGGGUCGCCCGUUGCCAAAAUUUGGUGAAUGGGACGUCAAUGAUCCUGCAUCAGCGGAGGGAUUCACCGUGAUCUUUAACAAGGCAAGGGACGAGAAGAAAACGGGCGGCAAACCCGAGUCACCAGAAAAGGCUGAUCUUUCUGUUAAGUCCAGAGCGGAUCUCAGCGAACCCCGACCUAAAAAAUGGUUUUGCUGCAUUCGAGCCCCGGCUGCGGAACGGUAAUGGAAUCCUGUCUGUAUUAGAGCUUCCACAAGUAUGUUUAUCAUUAGAAGCAGAGUUGUUUCUUGUUGUUUACCUUCUCUUUGUUAUAAGCUGUAAAGCUUUUUGUAUGACAUUUUCUUUCUUUA